AUCCCCUUUCGUAGCCUCCUCCUCUUCCUUCGCUUCCCAACUCUGUUCACUUAAUUUUAACUCUAAAUCAAUGUUAGUAUAGUGGUAGUAGUAGUAGUAGUAGUAGUAGUAGUAUUAGUAGUAGUAAUAGUAGUAGCGCAGAAGAAGUAACAGUAUUGUUAUUUAUCAUUAUUGCUGUUUGUUGAUUUAAUUUGACUAAGUUUCAUCGUCCUCCCACUUCUUCUUGACUCUCCUCCCUCUCUCUCAAUCUCUGUGCUGGCAACGGCCCCGCUAAAAACACUCCUCAAAUAACUUAUUGUGAGCGUGCAGUUUAAGUUGCUAUCUGACAAGGCUUCUAUUUUGGGCGUCACAUCUUAUGGAUAAAGUAAUAUAUCCAUAAGAUAUAUGUACCUUUCCCUGCUUUCCUGUUUACCAAGAAUGAAAGGAAUUUUAUUGUAAAUAUUUGCUGUCGCCUGGCAGCAGAGACCGCCACUUGAAGACGUGAUACGCAAUCUUCAAAGUUUCUUCCUUAAUGAAUGAAUGCAGUGAAAAAAAAAAAAAUCUAAAAAUGAUCAUUGCCACCAAAUAAAUAAAUUAUGGCUAAUAAGUUUCAGUACCUGCGCAGCAUUUUUCUGUAAUGCUGAAGAUAUAUUUACAACAUGUUGCUUACAGUUAAGAGAAUCGAGUUACGGGUAGCAAUAUUUUUUGUGCCUUGUUUGUAAACAUUAAUAAUACUUGGUGCUUUCCGCGUUAAGCAGAAGCUCCAGCACCACUCAGAAGCAUAAAAACCAAUUAUUUGGCCAAUUUACAAAAGGUAAUAUCAUAAUACACACUUCAGAACAGAGAGAGAGAGAGAGAUACAAAAAAGACAAAGAUAAUUCACAAUAAUCGUACAUCUGGCAGUGCAUCAAUAACUUGUCACGUGUGGUGAGUACAAGGCAAGGCGGUCUGCUAUUGUCUUUAUUUUACCAUGUUAUUAUCAAGUCCCUGCGUGUCUAGUGGUGCGAAGUGAUUUGUGAUGCUAGGGGUCAAAUGUGAGUGCCCAUGGCGGGAGAUGAGACCCUGGGAAGAGCGCUAAAUUGGGAAACACGAGAAACACACAGGAAAAUCUAACUCCAGAACAUUCUCGCGGGAAAUUCAAACAAAGACAUUCUAUUACGUGUUCUUUCUAGGACUAUAUGAAGUGCUUCCUGGAUGGUGGGCGGUUCCUGGAGGCUGUGUCCAUAUAAUUAAGAACUAUGGCCUGAAUUCUCUUUAUAAUGUUAAAUAGUGCAGGCAAGAAUCUUUGGUACCAAUAUUCCCUUCAGAUCCUGGUGACUUAGCCUUGCACUGAUCCGCUCACUCACCAGUCACCACCACAAGUCACCACCACCGCCACCACCAGUCACCACAGCCAGCAGUAAUGUGUUCAUCGUGUGUUGGUGUCCUAAGGUCCUAAGAUCCUCAGGUAGUAGCAGCGUGUUCGUGUCCAAGUGCCCCUCGAGUCCCAGUGCAGGGAAAUGGACAGGGGAACUAGUCUCAAGAUCAAGAUACGCCUGCAAAACAAGAGGAGGAGGCAGGGGGAAAAAUGAAUAAAUGUUGACGUGUUCCUGUGUGAAAGAUGCAUCACCUGUCGAGCGGUCGGUAAACAGUUUGCAGCAGGAUGUGUAAAGACUGGAAGGACCUCACAGCAAAGGCCUCCCAGAGUGUGUUAUCUCAAGACACUAAAGGCGCGGAGCAGUAAAACCGUGAUUCCUGAUUUGGCAGACUGUCUCCCUACAGGCCACGGUGUGUGUGGAGGCAGAAGAUCCAGUGGAGAUGUGUGCCGGGUUACCCUCGCGUGUGCUGGUGAUGGUGGUGAUGGUGCUGGUAAUGGUGGCGGUGCUUGUUCUUGGAAAUGAUUCAGUCACGCCCGCAGAAGCACAGCAGGGGUUUAAAGUACUGGAGAUACCGAAGGAGGAGGACAAGGGGAAUGUAACCUACCACUACCCUCUGGACGCCUCUCGCUCCUUCAACGCCUUCACCGUCUGCUUGAGGAUGCGCCCUACCAUAUUUUACUUCACGAACAAUCUUGUAAAACUCACUUUGGGAAAUAAGGAGGCCAGUUUUGUUUUCCACUCUACUUUCCAGGUGAAACGAAUCUGGUUGACGGUAGCUGAUGUCUGGAUCCACUUUCCUCUCAGCUCCAGGUUUCGAAUCCUCAGGUGGUACCAUCUGUGCUUCAUCCACGACCCCAGCAGGAGGGAGCUGGUGACGGUGGUGGACGGCCACACAGAGUACAGAGCUGCCAUUGCGCCACCCACGGAACCUCUCAGAGCUGACAUGCUCUACCUCGCAAGCGGACCUUCCGUGAACAACAAGAACUACGUGGGAGACAUCAGCCAGGUGAAUGUCUGGACCAGAGCCUUGGCCACUAAGGAGAUUCUCGAGUUAGCGGAGUGUCACAAGGAUCUUGCUGGGGACUACGUCUCCUGGAAGGACAUGGAACUGCCAGGUCUGACUCCACGCACCGUGCCCCACACUCUCCUGUGCCCACGUCAUAAUAACACUAUAUAUUUUGUGUUUCCUUCUAUACUGUACGCCACAGCCCGAUACCUCUGCACGGCGCUUGGCUCCUCGCUUCCGCAGCCCGCCACCUGGGAGGACGUCACCGCCCUGGUGUCCCUGACACAUGCCGCAGGACUGUCAUACGUCUCGCGAUACGCAGUCUGGAUGCCCAUCAGCGACGAAGAGAAUGAGGGUAUCUGGCGGUCUGCUCUGGACGAGGACGCUGCUCCUGUUCUUCUAUGGUCGCAUGGAGAGCCCAAUGGUUUUACUUACGAGAACUGCGCCUACGUAUCACAGCAAGGUAUACACGACGCCAGCUGCGAGGACGCGACUGCGACGGCGGUGUGCCGGGUGGAGGACCUGCCGGUGUUCAUCCUGCACAACACAGAGAAGACACUGAUGUCAUUCGUGGCUGACCAGAAUGAGGCGAAGGAGUUAGUAUUUCGGGGCUUCGACGGCAGCGCCAUCGUGAAGGUGAAUGGCUUCUGGAGUUGGGAGGGACCAGACAACAAGACUCUGGCAGUGCUCAGUGAUGAGCAUUUCCAAUUUCCAAUGGGUGGCCGAGAAUGGCAUACCCAAGAGGGAAGCUCUCUUAUGCUGCUCACCGCAUGCCCUGACGGUCACUUCACUUGCAAUGACGCCAGCUGUAUCCCAAUGGAACACCACUGCGACUCCAAGUUUGAUUGUAAAGACAUGAGUGACGAAGACUCUUGUGUUAACGUGUUAAUACGAAGUGCUUACCAAAACUGGCUGCCUCCCCACCACGACGCCCGCCACAUGUUGAUCGCUAUCACCUUCCAUGUAAUGACGGUAUCCGUGAGCACUGAGGACAUGCAUCUCGAGCUCACUUUUAACCUCUCCCUCUCCUGGACCGACAAGCGCCUUCAGUUUUACAAUCUGAAGGAGUCUCGACCCAACUGGCUUACCCACGAUGACCUGCAAGAAAUGUGGACGCCACAUGUGCUUUUUCCAAACGCGAAAGGCAACGAGUACACCAUCGUGGACCAGAACACCGUAGGGCACGUCAGCAGGAAUUGUAAGCCAGAUAUCACAGGUAUCAUGGCUGCCCAUGAAGUGGAGGUCUUCUCGGGGUCCUGCAACCCAAUAACGGUGACCAGACGGUACAAGAUGCGCUUCAACUGCGAGUUUGACCUGCUGCUGUACCCCUUUGACCAGCAGACGUGCCAGGUUCCUCUGCUGUUUCAGACCAACAUUAGGGACUAUGUCAAGUUUUCUUACACUCAGUCCCAAGUCAAGUACACUGGUCCCUCCAAGCUGAGAGAGUACGAGGUGGAUUCCGUACUGCUGCGGCCGCCGAACGUGUGUAAGGACCAGAGUGACAUCUGCUUUGAAGUUCCCUUGAGGCGCCUCUCCAGCCACGCCGUGCUCACCAUGUACACGCCCUCCCUCAUCCUGCUCUUCCUCAGCUACAUAACUCUCUUCUUCAAUCCCGCCGUCUUCGAGGUUCGGAUUAUGGCCACUCUUACUUCGCUCCUUGUUAUGGCCACUAUAUUUACACAGAGCUCCUCGUCGCUCCCCACCACGUCCUACAUCAAGAUGCUGGACUUGUGGCUCCUCACUUGUAUCCUUCUCGUCUUCCUCAUCGUCAUUUUCCACACUUUCAUCGAACAUUACCGGCUCCUGAAGAAAGGGGAGAGUGAGGGCAAGGCAUGGGCUACGAGGGUGGUUGUUGGUUGUCUCUCCCCUCCCUUGGAUCUCAGUCACGCCGAGAAGUGUUCCCAAGAUCCACAACAAAAGGCGCCUUCGACUCGCACCAGCAGCACCACCACCACUGCCUCCACCACCAUGGAUUCGCUCGUCUGGGCUGCUAAAAUCACGCUGCCUGUUGUUUUCCUGAUAUUUCUGAUUGCUUACCUCAUAUUUAUUAUCACCUUCAAUAGCUGGUGAUCUCGAGGAAAGCAAAACAGAGACGCGAAGGAGAAAAAAGUAGCUAUGACAAGGAGAACUUAAGACACUGAAAUGACCGUCGCCUCAAAAAUAUGGGUUUGAGAUAUAUUAGCAUGUGUUUGGCGGCUUCUCCGGCGACUAUAAACGGGUGUAACAAGAAUCUGAUGUUUCGUCGCUUGUCAUGCCAUCAGUAGUGCCGUCAAACCAAACCUGCUUCUUUAAGGAUGUAUUGAUUGGUAUGUGUCUAGCGGCUUCUCUACCAACUGUUACGCGGUGUGCCAAGAAUCUGAUGUUUUGUCGUGGCAUCAACCUGCCGUCAAACCAAAUUGCUGCGUAAAGGAAAUUUAGUUUACUUAGUUUCUUUAUGUCUGUUACAGCCAACUAUCUUGCCAUUUUGAGAUCUCGUGUCCUGCAGUGAAAUUAUUAGAUCAAUAUAAAAGAUGAAUGGAAAAGUUUAAUGUCAGUCGUUGAAAUAUGUAACCAAAUCAAAGGCACAGAUAUAGUGUAGUCAAGCAAGUAGAUGGCACAUGUAUGAUAUAGUAAAACGAGUAAAAGACACGUAGUACAUGAUAAAACUUGAUGCAUCAGUUUGUUACUGGCAAAAAUAAAGGUUUUCUUGACUUCCUGCUUUAUUGCACUAGUGACAAAUCUCGCCUCUCUCACCAGCAGCAGUCAGUCAUCGUUAUGUUACAAUGAACUUGGGAUCUGUCCUCUGGCACAUUACAGUAUAGUGAACAAACCAAUACCUGAUGAACCGCAUCGUGCAGAAAAAUCGAGACUCACAUUCAGAA